CCCACGUUUCUGGCUAGUCCCUUUGGAGUUGGGAAUGAUACUCGCGUGACGACGACCAAACCCUCUCUCUUUUUUUUUUUUCUCUCUCUCUCUCUCUCGAUCACUGAUACAAAAGAUCUGUAUAAGCAGGCUUUGAAGCUGUCUCCUUGAAGGUUUUAUAUUUGGUUCAUUAAACAUGUUCAAGAGAAGGAAUGCUCACCAACUAGAGGAUGAUUCUCAGCAAGAUAACAAGAUUAGCAAAUUGAGAUCCGCGAUAGGACCGCUCUCGGGACAUAGUUUAGUUUUCUGCUCUGAUGCUUCCUUGAGGAGAUAUUUGGAUGCUCGUAAUUGGAAUGUCGAAAAAGCAAAGCAAAUGAUUGAGGAGACUCUUAAAUGGAGAUCAACAUACAAACCUCACGAGAUCCGUUGGCAUGAAGUAGCACAUGAAGGUGAGACUGGAAAAGGUUCAAGAGCUAGUUUUCAUGAUCGACAAGGUAGGACUGUGCUUAUACUGAGACCAGGAUUGCAGAAUACAACAUCAGCAGAAGGUAAUAUCCGGCACUUGGUGUAUCUUCUUGAAAACGCAAUCCUUAAUCUUCCCAGAGGACAAGAACAAAUGUCUUGGCUCAUUGAUUUUACUGGUUGGUCAAUGGCUAAUAAUCCCCCCAUGAAAACAACACGCGACAUAAUCUACAUUCUACAGAAUCAUUACCCCGAAAGACUCGCUUUCUCCUUUCUCUACAAUCCUCCAAGGCUCUUUAAAGCAGGCUACAAGGCUGUUAAGUACUUCUUGGACCCAAGAACAGCUCAAAAGGUGAACUUUGUGUACCCAAAAGAUAAAACAAGUGAUGAAUUGAUGAGAUCACACUUUGAUAUGGAGAAUCUCCCCAAGGAAUUUGGAGGAGAAGCAACCCUAGAGUAUGAUCAUCAGGAUUUCUCAAGACAGAUGUUUGAAGACGAUGUCAAAACCGCAAAGUUCUGGGGAUUGGAGGAGAAACAGUAUCCGAAACCAAACGGUUUCUCUGCAUCCGAUGUUGUUCCUGAGCCGGCCACUUCUCUUGCAUCAGCAGCUAGCUGAGAGUUGAAAUGUAUCUAUAUACACAGAAACAAGAAGAGAUGAAUAAAGGAUUAAGGAAGAAGAGCCAAUAAAAAUCUGCUGCUGACUUGGAGAAUGUAUACGGUUCCAAGUCUUUGCUCUUCUUUUUUAAUAUUAGUGAGCCAUAGAUUAUCUUGAUUAGCAGAGACGUUUCGUGCCAUUAAAGUUUAUGUGUGUGUGAGAAUAUUGUUACCAUGUGUAAUUGUUUUUGUGUGUAUUAAUUGAAGACAAGGAGUUGUCAUUUUAGUUUUAA